CGAAGGUAACCGUACACAAACUACAACACGCUAUAGAACGACGGGCUCAUAUACAAAAUGGUCAAGAUUUUCAGUCAGUUCACCAUCGCUAUUUCUUCGUAAAACAUCUGCCGUGCUUCGGUCGGUCGUCGUUUAUAAAUCGAACCAAGAUUUUGACGUUUGGAUUGACGAAUUGACAUUUUUAUCUCCUUUUUAGUGAACCGUGUUAUUUUCUUAGUGUUUAUUAUGGUUUUUGGACCCUGUUGUUAAAUUUAUUAGUCAUCAUUUGUCCUGACCGGAUGACUCACAUUGUUUUGAAGCAGUUCGAAGACAUGAAGGUGAAUUAAGUUGGAUUAAAAAAAAAGUACAAAAUGAAAAAGUUUAUUUGUGGAGGAAGCUUUCGAUCAAAGGUUAUCGAGAAGAAUGAUCAGUUUAAAAUCGUGAAGCUGAGCGAUAAUACCGAAAUAAAACUGUUAAGGUCUUUGAGUCUAACUAAAGCUGAUAAAUCUAGAAAGAUUUUUGUGCUUCCUCCCAAGGUUCCUCAUAGUGUUGAAGCUAGAAAGGUGGUACUGGAAUCUGCUUCAAAUAAGGGGCUAGACCCGACAGCACAUCUGAGGCCUCUAAAUCCAGAAAUCACAGCCCCCAGAAUCGAUAGUUAUCGAUUUUCGAUGGCAAACUUGGAGGACUCACAAGAUGUAGACCUGGACGCCAUCCUGGGGGAGCUCUGCGCCCUCGAAACAGUCUGUGAUCAAGAAAUCGGACACGCAAGAGAUAGCAAACGGUUUUCCGAUGUACAAAAGCUCUCCCUGCACGAGUCCCGAACACAUAGCCGAUCCUCUUCCGAGGCAUCCCGAGGAUUGGGCGAGGAUUCGAUAUUGGGAGGCAAAAAUGAAAAUGGCAGGACGGAAUCGCCUGACAACGAUUCGGCUUUUAGCGACACGGUAUCCAUGUUGUCAAGCGAGUCGUCUGCUAGCAGUGGGGGCAGUGGAGCGAAACCUCAGACAUUAAAUUUGCAGAAUAUACAUCAGGAUGACGCUUCACGUAUCAAAGCCGAAAAAAUACGUAUGGCUAUGGAAAAAAUUAAAGAAGCAAAUAUUCAAAAACUAUUUGUAAAAGUGUUUACUACGGAUGGUUCUGCUAAAUCUCUUCUGGUGGAUGAAAAGAUGCUGUGCUCUUAUGUGACGAGACUUUUGGCUGAUAAGAAUCAUGUAAAAAUGGAUCCAAAAUGGGCUAUUGUCGAGCAUUUACCUGAUCUUUAUAUGGAGCGUUUUUACGAAGAUCACGAACUUUUGGUCAACAAUUUACUGCUAUGGACCACCGAAUCCAAGAACAAAAUAUUUUUUGUAGAACGACAUGAUAAAAUUAAACUUUUUACGCAACCGGAGCAAUUUUUGCUAUCCCCGACUGAUAAAAAAGACAGUAUAGAUUACGAUGAACAUUCCAGGAAUAUGCUGCUGGAAGACUUCUUUUCUUCCAGCAAUGGGAGCUUACCAGAGGUUGAAGGACCGCUAUAUCUUAAGGCUGACUCUAAAAAAGGCUGGAAAAAAUACCAUUUUAUUCUUAGGGCGCCUGGUUUAUAUUAUUUCCCUAAAGAGAAAAUUAAAAGCGCCAAGGAUUUAGUGUGUCUAGCUACCUUCGACAACAAUCAUAUAUAUUACGGCAUAGGCUGGAAAAAGAAAUUCAAAGCACCAACAGACUUCUGUUUUGCAAUCAAACAUCCAAAACUUCAAGGACCAAAAUCAACGAAAUAUAUUAAAUAUUUGUGCGCGGAGGAUGCAGUGACCCUGGAAAAAUGGAUUAUUGGUAUGAGAAUUGCUAAGUUUGGAAAAAGACUUAUGUAUAACUACAGAGCACUAAUGGACGAAUUGGCCCAAGAGGAAAUGGAUAUUUUAGCAAGUGCCAGAAGUUGUUCGGUACAAUCUAUAGCUGUACAGAGUAUACAGUCAAAUAGUACAACUCCGACACAAGGAUACUCUGGCAGUGAAGCAGGCUACGGUACAGCAUCUGGAAGUGAAAUCUACUCAGCUACAAGCGAAGCUAGCUCUAGCUCCGGAAGGCAUAGUAGGGCAAGCAGCUCCAGCUCCAGUGGUUGUAUGUCUGACGGUGCUUCUUCCACUUGUGAAAAUGCUUUUGAUUCGGAGUUUCCAAUGGGUACCAUAAAACGAAAACCUUCAAUGAAACCGAACUUACCAUUAACGAACAUGACGAGACAAUUAAAAGAAGUUGGUGAGACGCGGGAUGAACUUGAUGCAACACUACCAUCUAGUCCUGUUUCUUAUACAAAUAAUGGAACACUAACUAGGAGACAUAGCAGACGAAAAUCAAACAACUCCGGUGACGAUUCAUCAAACCAAGGUACAUUAAAAAGACAGCAUUCAUACAAAACCAGGGGUUCGAUAGAGUCGAUGGGGAAUAGAAGCGGAAAUUCCACACCACUGUGUGGCACCCCAGUGAGAGAAAGGGCGAGUCCUUUUGGGGAAAGGAACAGUCCUUUUGGAGAACGACCUCCCAGUGCUACUUCUCUUAGGAGUCCCACUCCACUAUCACCUAAUGGACUAGAUAGUUUGUCAAGUAUGACUGAUUCGAUCAUAUCACUGCCACCACCUCCGGAAACAAACGGUGACGUAAUCAACGAUUCUCCAAGCUACCAGUUGCCGCCUCCUCCUCCCGAAGUCUACAACUCUAACUUAUCGCUGGACAGUCUUCCGCCUCCGCCGAACCCCCACGACCUCCCACCGAUUACCGGAAGUGAACUGACCGGAAGCCAGUUAAGUCUCAUGUCUCUCCCACCACCUCCCGGCGAGGAGACCGGCACGAUACGACGAAGAAAAAGCGGAAGUAACACUUCUAGCGCCACCGCUACUCCUACGAAUGUUUUGAGUCCGGAAAGAACACCCACCCAGGGUAUGUCACCCGAUCAAACACCAACCCAUUCAAGACUGAAUACACCCUGUGCGAGUCCACCAUCAGCCGGCUCAAACUGCAGCACUCCCACACAGACUACUCCAACAAAUACCUUUAGUCCUAAUCAUAGGAAUGUAAAUAAUUGUAUUUAUGCUCAAAGUAGUUCGAUCUAUGGUCAGAACCAUGACAGAAACGAACAUGUAAAUGGAUAUAAUGGUACGCCACCGCCAUACAUUAAUCCUCCACAAUAUAGACAGGCUGGUACCCUGCCUGGCACUUCACCAUUUGCAAAUGCCAAUGGACUUAGGUCGAGUUUAAGACAAACUUCAUUGCCUAGGCAGGUUUCUUGUAAUAGUAUAGCCUCUACAAAUAGCAGUAAUUCUUCUGGUAAUAAUUCCGUGUAUAGUAGUUCAACGUAUGAUGGCAGAAGCUCACCUAAAGUGCAAAGAAAGGUCGCGUUCCAAGAACCCAAUAGUCCGAAGAAAAAUGCUAAGAAGAUAAGCUUUAAUUUGACACCUCAGGAGGUGCCUCCAUUACCGAAAAAGCCUCCUCCACCAAGGAGGUCUGAGACAACCAAACUGUCAAGUCCCAAGAAGCUUGCGGAACCUCCAACGGACUUUCUUAAAGACUUGCAGCGUGUUAUGCGAAAAAAGUGGCAGGUGGCGCAAAAAUGUAAACUCGAACCCGAAACUACGCCUCAUGAAGUUUUGGGAUUCCGUGAUCCACCCGCUUUACUUCCUGAUUAUAAAGAACAUAAUGUAUCUAAUUGGGUGAAAGAACACUACGGGCCACAUAACGUGUACGAGAAUGUCUACGGUGACAGUCCCGAAAAUGUUGUGGAAUACAUUUCCUCACCGAUGCACCUAAGAGGUGAUGUAAGAAAUUCUAAGAGGCCACCACCUCCACCACCGAAAAGAAGCGAAACGACACAUUUGAGCACGUCCAAGAUGCACUGAUGCUGCGUUUCUUAAAAUAGCUUUUGGAAAAUAUCUCAUAUCAAUCAAGGUUUUGUAAAGUAGUUCCUAUUACGGGAGAUUUUUUUAAGUAGUGGGUUUUUGAUGCAACUGAAGUUGAAUAAGCAGUUGUAUACAGGGUGUUAGAAUGUUAGUUACGCAAUCUCUAGAAACGAGAAGUCAAGAAUUGAAACGUAUGUUUUGAUGUAGAGUUAAAAUAUUUUUCAAAUUGGAUCUCUUACUGUAUUUACUAAAUUCCGUUAUUCUUAAUUAAGAUUUUUAAUUAAUUACUUUUAAAGUAGCGUUCUACGAAAUUAACUAAAGUUCAAACGCUCAAACUAAAUACUUUUCUAAAAUUCUUGAAAUAUUAAAAUAUAUUACUUUGUAUAUAAAUAAUUUAGUUAUUUAAUAAUGCAUUUUUUAGUCUUUAAGGUAUGAAAUGCUUACACAUCCUAUAUACAUACUGCUCCCAGUUUUUUUUAAGUAAAAGUAUUCGCCUCUGAAAUAUAACCAAUAUAACAUAAUUAUGAUGUAGUGUCUAUUACAAGUGUCCACAACCGUGUGCUUAAUAUUUAACCAAGUAUGAUUUGAGAGAUGCUUUCAAAAGUUAUAAAUUUAAUUAAGGUACUGCCAUUACCCGAUGCUUAGGCUAAGCAACUUUUUUAGAACAAACUGCCUAAAAUAUUGAAACAUUUUAAGGCUACAUUGUGAUUUAAUGAUAAAAAAUUAGACGUGCCAUUAGGAAAAGUAAGUGAUUUUUUGUUAUAUUUCUUACUGUUUUGAAUAGAUAAAGCUUAAUAGGCCAGUCGACAGGUUUUAUUACUUAAAGACGUUUUACCUGCGUAGAUGGGACGAAAAACUACAAAAUUUUUCGAGUUUUCAUUUUGGUAUCCAACAAUUACAAAAUUAUCUUGGUGAUUUGUACCAACAUACUUUUAAUUGACUCAUGGAAAUCAUUGUCUGUACCAAAGGCUAAUUUAAGUCUUCAAAUUCCGUUUCAAUGACAUAUUAUAACAAAGAACUCUUUACAUUUAAGAUCAUUUUAUUCCUUUUAAACGUUUUUAUGGAAGAGCUACGCUAAUGUAUAAAGAUAUAAGCCCAACAUCCUAAAAUCUGCUAACAAGGUCGACAUAAUUGACGAUCCAGAAAUGCUCGAUCUAUACUCGCCGGCACAAAAUUCUGCCACCCUGAAAUAUUGGUCGAUAAUUUUUAACCGAAAACUUAACAUUAAUUAUCUAAAAAUAAUCUUCAAGUCAGCGUUUUAAUAAAAAAUUUGCAGCUCGCAGCAGAAAUGAGAUAAUGGAAUGAACCAAAAAUCGAAAUGUUUAGAAUACAUCAAAGAUUACAAGGAAUAGUACAAUCCAUUCUUGGUUCCACCGCUCCUUUUACAAGAAGUAUAGACUUUCUAAUUUUGUGCUAAAAUUAAGCGAUAUUUGUUGCUAUCUAUGAAAGGUGCUUCUGUUUCAGAAUGAAAUAUUAUGUGUACAAAAAGACUAUACAAGCGCAUACAAAAGAGUAUUCUUCUGUACUCGGUAAUAUAUAAGCAAUAUUUGUUUAAAGACUAUCAUAAGGAUAAUUGAGAAUCUGGACUAUUUAUACUGUUUGUACAAAGGUACAUAAACAUACUUAUAAUAGGUAGAACAUACAUGAAGACUUAAUGCAUAAAGGAUAUAUGUAUCAAAAACAACUUUUUGCGCAAACUAAAUUUAAAGUUUUUUAAUCAGAACUUUUUAAUUAAUGAACUUAUAAAUAUAAAAUUUUUAAAGUUUCAGACCCUAAGGCUACAAUGUGUACUAGUCUUAACAAAUAAUGCAUAUUACAUUAUCAAAGGAAACUAUGAAGUUCUAAAAGUACAUGAAUCCUUCAUUCCCUAGGUAAGUUAAAAAAAAUAUACAAAAUGCAUAAAGGGUACAAGGUAUAACAAAUCUUGGACAAAUAAAUUCAAAUCAAAUAUUGUAUUUGUAUCAUUUACAAGAAUAUG